AUGGCCUUCCAUCAACCACGUCGGCCGAUACAGCGGCCUGUGCGGCCUCCAGCGGCAGAGGACCGCGAACCAGCCAGCCCUCAACCACAGCAAUCCCACCUCCAAGACCAGAACCAGCUCGACCAGUCUCAGACAUCAUGGGUCCUCUUCUCCCCCACCAGCGUCGACGACCACUAUACCGAGUCGGAACUCAGCGGUUCUCCCUCCAGCGCUGUUGCGCCUCCGAGCCUCAAGACGCCUGGUCGCUCGCGACUUGGCGACCCCGGUAGUGCCCAGGGUGCCAGAUCAGACAUACAUGAUGGAGGAGAUGUGAGCAUAUCUGCCGUCACGACCUCGGCCAUCGGGGAUGAUCUCGGCGACGAGGAUGCCGAGCUGGACAGCCUCGACAGCCAUCUCCCGUCCUUUAGGUCGUUGCCUAGGAGGGACUCGUCAUCGCAACAGCAGCCUGGCGGCACCCAAUCCUUCCCAACUGCCGUAUUCCCCUCCCACGACGGGCUUGGAUCGUUCCACCUGCAGCAUCCCACAUCCGGAACAGAAGCCCAGGACCAGAUCUACCGAUUUGAAAAGUUCAACCCACGCAGGACACAGCACAGGAGAGAGAGCCUGGAUCGCAUCCAGACCGAGUGGGAGAGCGAGCAGGCGAGGGAGGCGCAGAGGAGGCAGCGCAUCGAGGCGUGGCGCCUGGAACACAGCCGCGUGCUGCUCGAGGAGAUCCAGCGCGAGACACGGAGGCGGAGACGCUCCUCUAUGGGGUCGGCGGGCCAUGUGCAUGCUGUCCUGCGCACGCCGUCUGUCUCGGCGAAGCAGCAACCGCAGUCGUCGACGGGGGAGGACAUGGACGAUCUGACGUGGCAUGACGAGGAUGCGGACGUGCCAUCUACGGAGCCCGGCCUGCUCGCCAAGUUUGCCCAGACUGUGAUCAAGGACAUAUUGGGUAUCGACGACCGCAUGCUGUCCCUCCUGGUUGGCGAGGCGAUGCCCGAGGAUGCCGAUGAGGAGAAGCUGUCGACCACACCGCGGGCGUCGCAUAUGUCGUCGGCAGCCACGGCCACCAACCGAGACGAGCCUUGGCAGACGGCGGUCCUGGAGCGCGUGUCCCGCGAGCUCGGCCUGCUGGUCAAUCAGCUCUCGCACCACCACCCCGGCGCCUUCUCGACAUACACCAAGGUGCAGCAGAUGCCUCUUCCGUACGCGGGUCUACCCGUGAUCCCGGAGACGGGCAGCGCACCCGCCACGACGAUCGGAGACGGCAGCCAGCAGACGCCGGCGAUGCCCCAGUUCCAGCCUACGAUCAAGCAGGCCACGCGUCCCACGGCGACUUCCUCGGACAAGCCCUCAAUCGCCACCAUGGCUGGCGACGGCGACACGUUCACCAAGGAAGAGUGGGAGCGCGAUCUAGAUAUCAAGCUCGUGUUUAGGUACAUCCGGUCCCGCUUCACGGCCGGCAGCAGCAACAAUGAGCCGUCGCUGCCGCCGUCCCCCUCGGCGCUGCAAGCACCUCUAGCAGGAAACGGCACGGGAUCCCUCGCGGCAUCGACAUCCCAGGACACGGCAGCCAAGGCAGCCCGCGUCCGCCAGCACCACCCGCUCAUUUCCCGCUCCCGCACGGCAGACCACCACAGGCGCGCGUUCAGGGCGACGGCCCCGACUGUGGGGCCCAGCAGCAGCCCCGUGGCCGUCAUGAGGCAUCACAGCAGCUGCGCCAGCCAGAGCACGCGACGGUCCACCAGGAGGAGCAGCGUGUCGUCCAGGCACUACUGGGAUAUAGGCGGCUCACGAGGCACGGGGUCGGUGAUUGCAUCGAACGGGCCCAUGGGGAGUUGGGGCGAGGUUUAG